AGUCAUGGCUUCGAUGUGAAACUAUCUUCUCCAAUCCAAUAGCUACCUACCUCACUGCCUGAAGACCGCCCCUCCUAUCCCGGGCUAGUUAGCGUGUCUCGCUGAGUAUUACCAUCGCCACCUUCACAUUUCGCCAUCAUCAUGUCCGUCAGAAACGCCUCUUGCCUCUGUGGCAGCGUCAAGCUUGAAUUACGGGGCUCCCCGUUCAUGCAGAAUCUAUGUCACUGCUCGUCGUGCCAGAAGUUCACAGGGGCAGCCUUUGGCACCAUGGCUGCUUAUAAGACUGAGCAAGUCACAGUGACAGAGACCGAAGCCGAUGUGCUGAAAACGUACAUCGAUGCGACCCCGGAAUCAGGUGACACUCUCAAGCGGUCGUUCUGCGGUAAAUGUGGCAGUCCGGUGAAGGUCCAGAGGGGAAGUGACCCGGAAAGAACGGUCAUUCCUGUGGGCAUUAUCGACGGGGACAAGGACGGCUUUAAGCCCCAGUUGGAAUUCUUCUGUAAGCGCAAGGCCGGCUGGGUUGGCGCCAUCGAGGAUUCCAAGACGUUUGAUGCCAUGCCGCCUGCCACGUCGUCUGAUUGAACGGGUGAAGGAUUGGGACAAUUGAGUCUCGCAAAAGCGUCGCCGCUGGGGCUGGGAUCGCGCGAAUUCUCAACUUUGGGAUGGUCUUGUAUACUGCGUACAAAGCUUAGUGUAGGACAUUGUGUACAGGUUACCUGAUGUAAGUAAGCGUUUGUAGAACAUCGCUUGGUUCCUCCCGUCUCCCGCCCCCGCUGCGGCGAGGGUGCUGGCUUCCAGUGCGCCUAGAUACAAUACAAAACGUGCAUCACGGCCAUGUUUGGCAUGUUACACAGAACCCACUCAGCAGCUCAGCUACCAAAUUACAGUGGCAUGGGCAGAUCCUAAGGGCAGAAGUCAGAGUAAGA